UCAAAAAAUGAAAUAUAUCAAAUGGAGUAACCAAUCUGCUAAUUAGACCCCCCAGCCUAAGUAGGAUUGCCAGAAGAACAAACUUGUAACAACCCCCGCAUUGAUUGCUUUGUGCAUUCAACCGAGAAGGGUAUUAGCCUCUUGCAUUUCAUUUUCUUUAUUAAGAGUCAGUUGCUGCUGGAAAUUUCCAUGCAAAACACGUUUGUUCUACACUCUGAAUUCAUUGGAAAUUACUGGCAGAAAAGCUCAGCAAUACUAAGGCUAUAAAACAAAACUUUAUCCGUACAGCUGAAAAUCCCUAAUUAUCAGAAACAGCAUGGAUGUGUUGAGUGUACUGCUUCUCCUGGCUGGAUUUGAGGCCAGUGUGGCGACUGUUUGCCCUGUUGGCUGGCACCGAUAUGGAAAGGCUUGCUACUUUGUGAUCAAGGAACUAAAUAGUUGGCACAAAGCAACAAGCAUCUGUGCCGCUUCUCAUGCAAGCCUUGCAGUUCCCAACUCAAUGGAAGAACAGACAUUUAUAUCGGAAUUACUCCAGCGGGAGUUUUAUCCUAGUGACUUUCAAAGAGGAGCCUGGAUCGACUGCGAUGACAUUGACCAGGAUGGUGUUUGGCAGAAUUGCCCUCUGAGAGGCGAUGAGACCAACGCGUACCAGAACUGGGCGAAAGGAAAUCCUAGCAAUCAGUACAGCGGAGCUGAUUGCGUAUUGAUGGCUAGCAUUGCAGGUGGCAUAUGGUGGAAUCAGCGCUGUAUUAAUCCCAGAUAUGCAACAUGUGAGCUUGCUAUCAUCGACUACGACCCUCUAUUCUGCCUUCAGAUCGGCUCCGAUGGUCGCAUCACCUCCCCGUGCCUCACUGAUAAUCACGUCUUGAUGGAGUUACAGGCUCAGGGUCUGGUGUCCUGUGGCAAGGCCUGCCUCUCUCAUCCCGAAUGUAGCUCCUUCAAUCUGAAGGACCACGGCCAGGGCAAGAUGGUGUGCCAGCUGAAUGACCUCGCCCUUCAAAAUGCAGCUGCCGAAGAUGUGGUGGUAAUUGAGAACUGCUACGGCCUGGAUCUGUAGAUACUGGUUGCAUAUAUAGCAAACUCAGAAAUGAAAGAUAUCCUUCAGAAUGCUCUUAUGAACAGGUACAGGGGCCGACAUUUUCAAUGCAAGUACUUGUACAAAACGCAGUGGUGGCUUACAUUUUCACA